UUAUGCGCCGGUAGUGAGCAACGCGGGAGAUUGAAAAACGUAAACAAACAACUGUCGCCGUGUUGAGGAUAACUAGCUAAUUUAGCUAGCUACAAGUUCGGCAAUAUGUUGAAAAAGGUAUCCAAGGCUACAUUAAAGUCUCUAAUGAAGAAGAAAGCCCACAUUCGUGUAGGCACAGCUGCAGAUGCAAUGGUUGAGCUGAACGUGCUGCUAUUUCUGCAUAGCCUCGCAGAAGAGUCGAGGACGAAAGCUUUUGAGGAGAAAUCGGCUACUAUCAAAGCUCACCACGUCAAAGCAGUAUCCAAGAAACUGCUGAAACGAGCCCGAGGGUGAAGGGGAGAGACCUUUCUAAAACAACAUGAUUCAACAACUGAUUUUAUUAAUAGUCUGAUUGGCCUGAAUUAAAUAUUGAACCUAUA